AUGGCAGAAAAGAAGGCAUCAUCAACUAAAAAACCGUCGAAUAUUUCGGAAAAAUAUCGACAAUUUCCGUUUCCAACACGUCGAAAUGCUGUCACAGAUGAAUAUGAAGUGUCCAAAGAAUCCUUAGGUGUUGGUAUCAAUGGUAAAGUACUCACAUGUUGGCAACGUGAAACACGCCGUAAAUGUGCAUUAAAGAUUUUGAAAGAUUCAGAUAAAGCGCGACGUGAAGUUAUUUUACAUAAAAAAGCGUGCGAUGGUUGUGACUACAUUGUCAAAGUCCUUGAUGUUUAUGAAAAUAUGUACGCAUCGAAUCGAUGUCUGCUCAUCGUUAUGGAAUGCAUGGAAGGUGGAGAAUUAUUUAACCGUAUUAGACAGCGACAAGACAAACCAUACACCGAACGUGAAGCAGCAAAUGUUAUCUCUAUGAUCGCCAAAGCUGUUGCACAUUUACAUCAUAUGGAUAUGGCUCAUCGCGAUUUGAAACCUGAGAAUUUACUAUUUACAAAUACAACUGACGAAGCCGUACUUAAAUUAACAGAUUUUGGAUUCGCUAAGGAAGGAAAUAAUGAACAACGACCAUUGAAUACUCCAUGUUACACACCAUACUAUGUUGCUCCCGAAAUCUUGUCCAACGAUAAAUAUGAUAAAGCGUGUGAUAUUUGGUCGAUGGGUGUCAUAAUGUAUAUAUUACUAUGUGGUUAUCCUCCGUUUUUUUCUACACAUGGUGGUGCUAUUAGUGCUGGAAUGAAAACGAAAAUCAAAGCCGGUGAAUAUCAGUUCCCUAAGGCUGAAUGGAAAAAUGUUUCACAGGAAGCAAAAUCGAUUAUUCAAAAAAUGUUAACUGUUGAUCCUGCUAAUCGUGUUACUAUUGACUGGAUUAUGAGAUGUCCUUGGCUAACAGGUACCGUGCCUGAAACACCGAUUGAUAUCCGUCCAAUGCUCGAUGCGGAAAACUACGAGCAAAUGCGAGUUGAAAUUGCUGCAGCUAAUCAUGCACAACGACGAGCAGAUGCUGAUGAUGAUGAAAAUAUCGAUCAUCUUGGACCCGAAACAUCUCGUAUUGCCAAACUACGCGCCGCUAAACGACAGCGACAACCUGCUAGUGAAGGAAAUACUUCGCCAUUAUCAAAAAUCAAUGAACAGGAAUAA